CUCCCGGCGUGCAGCGCGCGGCCGCCCAUGGAGCCCAACGUGCACUUCUGGAUCACCCAACGCCAAUCUUUUAUUCAGAGAUUUCUUCAGUGGACAGAAUUAUUGGAUCCUACAAAUUUGGUCAUUUCAAUUGAAAAAAUAGAGAAAUCGAGGCAGUUAUUGUUAACAAAUGAAGAUGGGUCUAUUCAUGACUUGGAGGACCAUCGGAUUCGAGAAGCUUGGAAGAGAAGUCUCUCAACAGUGCACCCUGACAACAGCAAACUGAUCCCCGUUCCUUUUCGACCUGCAGGUAUUUUUGUCGCUGGUGUCAGUGAAAAACCUAAAGUCCAUGAUUUUACCUCAGCUGUCUUUCUACACCUACAGCACUGCGUUCAACGUCAUCAAUGGGAACGCAAGUCAGGCGAGUCUCAGGAGGCCCAGAGGGCUGCGACUUUCAUUAAUCGUCACCCAUAUGAGAGUAUAUUACUUGGAGCAGGAGUUAUUGCUUCUACAACCUUUUUUGGAUUAUUCUCUCGUUUAAUCCUAAUGAAGUAUCCACUGAAAAACAUUUUGCUAAGAGAAACCUUGCCUGUCAUCAUUCUCGCCAACAUCAGUGCAGUGAAUGUUGUCGCAUCCCGAAGUUUUGAGCCCAUGCGAGGGGUUGAGGUCAUGGACAAGCAUGGCAAUGUCAUAGGCUAUUCUAGAAGAGCUGGGACAAAGGCCGUUAAAGAGACAGCAACAUCCAGAGUCGUGCUGUUUGGGACCUCAGCUUUGAUUCCUGAAGUCUUCUCACACUUUUUUAAAAAGACCAAGUUUUUCAUGCGAUACCCACAGUCCUUGUGGACCUUAAAGCUGUCUUGUACUUUCUUGGCAAUGGGACUGAUGGCACCAGUGUCUUUUAGUAUGUUCCCGCAAAUUGAACGGAUACAGUGCAGUAAACUUGAACAGGAAAUUCAGUCUGCAACAGAAGAAACAGAACUCUUCUAUAACAGAGGGGUGUAGGGUAUUUUACAUAGUUAAUGGAUAAUCAUGGACAGAGAGCUGUGUAUCAGUCCUCAGCGAUAGCACUCUAAUACGCGGUCAG